UGAGACCCGCUCCAGCAGAGGACCAGCAGCCAGCCCGACGCUGCCGGUUCUUACCUCACACUAAACCUUCCCUUUGACACAGUUUUAGAGUUGUUUAAUAUCUGAGCAAGCACCUGACACGGGUGACUUUUUUCUUCUUUUUUCUCCUCCGGUCUUUCGGGUAAAAUGGAGGUAGAAAAUGAAGCCAGCUGCUCCCUAGGCAGCGCAUCAGGCGGGUCCAGAGAGUACAAGGUGGUAAUGCUGGGAGCAGGGGGAGUUGGUAAAAGCGCAAUGACAAUGCAGUUUAUUAGUCAUCAAUUCCCCGAUUAUCAUGAUCCCACUAUUGAAGACGCUUAUAAGACCCAGGUUAGGAUUGACAAUGAGCCUGCAUAUUUGGACAUUUUGGAUACUGCUGGCCAGGCAGAAUUUACAGCCAUGAGGGAGCAGUACAUGCGAGGUGGAGAGGGCUUCAUCAUCUGUUACUCUGUCACUGACCGCCAAUCAUUCCAAGAGGCUGCUAAGUUUAAAGAGCUCAUUUUCCAGGUCCGCCACACCUAUGAGAUUCCCUUGGUGCUGGUGGGUAACAAAAUCGACCUGGAACAGUUCCGCCAGGUCUCUACAGAAGAAGGCUGGAGUCUUGCCAGAGAAUAUAAUUGUGCUUUUUUUGAGACCUCUGCUGCCCUCAGAUUCUGUAUUGAUGAUGCCUUUCAUGGCUUAGUGAGAGAAAUUCGUAAGAAGGAAUCCGUGUCAUCCUUGAUGGAAAAGAAACUGAAGAGAAAAGACAGUCUGUGGAAGAAGCUAAAAGGCUCACUGAAGAAGAAGAAAGCAAAUAUGACAUGAAGUCUUUGCCUCUGAGUCCCCCACACUCCUAAAUUUUGUCAGUCAGACAAUUCUGGAUGUAGCGUUCUGCUCCAAUAUUCUCUGUCUCUCUCUCUUUUAAAUAUCUUCCUGUAGGUAAAAGUAAGAGCUGCAUAACUGUACCUCUUGAGGUAGUUGUUUUGCUUUGAACAGUAGGAUAGAUUUUGUCAUUCAACCGGAUAUGCUGUUUAGUUUUUACAAUAUAUUACAAAAUAAAAUUGACAUUCCAAUUGCCUCCUUUCCCUUUAAAGAAUCUAGCUUCAUUUGGUAUGCUGUCUGGUUUUAAAGGAAAUAUGCAAAACUGCAACCAGAAUGAUAAAAAGCUCAGGGGAUCUGCCUUUGCCUGAUAACACUGGUAGUUUGCAUUUCAGGAAUCUCUGUAAAUAAUGGGGAAGCUCAGGAAAUAAUUCAGAACAGAAAUCUGCAUCCUACUCUCUCCUCAAGUGUAGAUGCCAUAGUGCCUUUUCUUGAAUGGUCCAGAGAUGAAUGAUAGAGAGAGGAUUAAUAAUAGGACACAGAU